AUGUCUGAAAAAAGUGUUAAACUUUUGUAUGAUUUUAGGAAACAUAUUGAGAAUAUCGUUUUUUCACCGAAUAUGGAAUAUAUGGUGACUAGUAAUGACGUAUCUGUAGUUUUGUGGACCGUUGAUUUAUUAGAUAAUAAAAUAGAGAAAGAAAAUACAUUUAAGAAUCAUCUGGAACCGGAAAGGUCUCUACUAAGAUUAUCAAAUAAAAAAUUAUUGAUUAGUGGUUUUAAGGAUUCAACUGGUUACUCUGACUUAACGGUCUUAGAUAUGGAAACGGCGGUGGAAACAACGAAAUGUACCACAAUAAAUCCAAGUAACGGAAGAUUUUUACAAUUUCUACCAAAUGGAAAUCUUCUAUUGAUUAAAGCACCAUAUAUAUAUGUUUUUACAGAAACUAUAUUGAAUAAUUCACCGUACACAUAUACUUCAAAAUAUCGAUUAAGCAUGGUCGAUAUUCGAAAGGGCUUAGAAGUUGUCGAUAUUCGAAUGGACUUAAAAAUGGACGAUGGUCAAAGGAAAAUAGAAAUGGACGAUACCCCGACAAUAAUCCAAAUGGACCUAAUAAAUGAUCAAAUAUUCUUUACCCUAAAAGGCUCAGUUAUGAUAAUUCAAUUAGAUCCAAAAAACUGGAUUAUUAAAAAUAAAUACAUCAUUCCAGAAAGCUAUAAAUGGAUUGGGGCAGUAAAUAACGAUAAAAGUUUAUUUGCAAUAUACUUGAAACAUAAAGAUGACGCUUCUUUAUGUGUAUAUUCAAUGACAAAUGGCAACCUAAUUUCAUCAAGAAGAGAUGAAUUUCUGGCUCAAUAUACAAAUAUCCGAUUUAUAAAAAGCAAAGAUGAUAUUGAAGUUUUGAUGUUAAAUUCAUUAGACACAAAGAAAGUAGAGAUUAAGUAUUUAUUUACGGAUCCCUAUGAGCUCCCAUACAUGUGCGAAUAUAGAUACAAUGUUAAAAACUUUUCAUCUUUCUAUGAAACUUUCAAAAUUAACGAAAUACAAACCUCGCAAGAUAAUGAAUUAAUACUCAGAAAAUUCAGAAAAUUAUUAGAAUUUAUCAUUCCCCAUAAAAUUAUUAAUGAGCUAUAUAAUAAUAAUUUUAUCGUUCUCGAUAAGAAUCAUAAGGAUGAUAAAAUUAUUAUAAAGCUUAAAGACGUUAAGAAUGAUGAUGAAAUGAUUAUAAAGCUGUAUGAUAUAUCCAAGCUAUUUAUUCAUUCAAGCUUCAGAGACAUAAUCAGGGAGGAAAGGAAAAUUAAUGCCAAAGGGAAAAAAUUGAAAUGGAUUUUUUCUAAGCCUAAAACUUUAUCAGUUUUAAAAGAUGGCGGCAAACCAAUAGAUCAGAAGGUAUUGGAAUUCGAACUUUAUGAUCUUGAAAUUUUUGGUAACGAUGACGUAAUAUGCUAUGGCGACGACGGAACCAUUAUUUUUGGUCUUAAAUCCAAUAAGAUUGUUAAGAAAUACUUUUAUCAUGAUAUAAAAAAGUUUCUUGAAUGCAAAAGAAUUCCAUGCCCAAACCUAGAUAUUCCAGAAAAGGAGGAUAAAAAAAAUAUGAUCAUGGAACUUCUACAUGCAAAAAUGUAUAUCAUAGAAAAGAGCGAUGAAAUUAUUGAUUUUGCUAUUAAGAAUAAAGAAAGUGAAAUUCUAAGUGAAUGCCUCGACAUAUUAUAUGUUUUAAUUACCGAUGAUACUUUGAUUCAUUUGACUCAUUUUGAAAUCUAUACUAUUAUCUCAAAAUAUCUUCAAAAGUUGAAUUCAGACCUUCCCCAUUAUUACUCAAACUUCCUUUCCAAAACCUCGAUUAUUCCAAAUCCGUACAUCGAUAAAUCUUAUUUCUCCAAAGAAAAGAAAUUGUUUGGUUAUACUGAUCAAGCGAAUUUGGUUCAAAUAUAUAAAUGUGAUGUAAUUCAAAAGUGUCGGGAUUUUCGGGAUUCCAUUGUUAUCCGGGCUUAUUUUAAAUUGAGUUUUGUUAUUCAAAAUUUUAAUAUAUAUAUUUUCCGCAAGUUUAACAUUAAAGAAUAUCAAAAAAAAAGCGUUAUUAGUUUUGUAAUUCCAUACCCGGAAUUUACAAAGUAUUCUCCUAAAUAUAAUUUCUGGAAGGAAUUACUAUUUCCACCGACCAACCCAUUUGUUGAAUUGGAUGACGAAGAGUUUUAUGAUAGCUGGAAUGGUGAGGCAUUACUUAAUUUCAAAUGGAAUACUUUUGGAAAAUAUUACUAUCGUUUUAAGUGGGGAGUUUUUAUCAUGCUUUUGCUCUCUUUUGGAGUAGCUUCAACCUUGUACACAUCUGAUACAACAGAAAUUUUUUUAAGUAUUAGCAUUGUUCUUGGUUCAUUUCAUAUUUUUCAUGAACUUAGACAAUUUUUUUGGAAUUGGAAAGAUUAUAUUACAGACCUAUGGAAUUGGUUAGACCUUGCCGCAUUUAUUUUCCCAUUAUAUACCGCCAUCUUUUGGUUAAAUCAUGAAAAACCUCAAUUAUGGUUGAUUUCUAUAUCAAAUCUAUUCUUACAUUUCAAAUUUAUCACAUUUUUUCGAGCACUUGAUUACUUUGGCUCUAAUUUUACUAUUAUCGUUGGUGUGGCUAAGAGGAUAUUUUCCUUCUUAUUGAUCUUAUUUUUUAUUUUAAUUGGCUUUGCACAUGCUUUUUAUAUUAUAUUGAAUCCAAAUGGGACAUAUGAUAUGAAUAAUCCUGUAAUGAACGAUGAUCCAAAUAACCCCUGGAAUCUUGUAGAUAAAUAUCAAGCAGUUUCUCCUGACAAGACAAUUAGUUCUGAAGUAGCUUAUAUUAAGCAACCUAAUUCAAAUGUAAAUCAGUUUGCUACUUAUAAAACUUCACUCUUGGCUAUGUACUUGUUUUUAACGGGAGAUCCUUCGGCACUUGGCUCAUGGACAUAUUUGGAAAAUCCAUUCAUGACAUUGCUGUUAAUUGUGUUUUCGUUCGUGAUUGUGGUUUAUCUUAUGAAUUUAUUUAUUGGUUUGCUUAACUUAGAAAUUGAAGGAAAUAGAACACAUUUCCUGUUUACCCUUGUGAAAAAAAAAAUAUUGGCUGAAAUUGAGAUUUUUCUACUGCUUCCAAAUCAACGAAGGUGGCAACAUUGGUUUCCGAAUUUGAUAUUCUAUGAGAUACCUAUUGAAGAGGUUAGACAAAAGAUUAAAGAAAUAGAUAAUUCAUUAUCGGAUGACAAAUCACAUAUUUCUGAUAAAUUAAGAAAGUUGGUUGUAAUUGAGAAAGAUUUUGAAACAAAGUCUGAAUGUAAAAUCUUAGUAAAGAGUAGUGAUGAUUUAUUUAAGAAGUUUGAAACAUUAGAAGACAGCAUUAAAAGCAUUAAAAAACUUUUAGAAAAAAAUUAUACGGCAAUUGAUAUUAUUAACGAAUAA